CUCCACCUCCUCCACUUCCCAAAACUCCAAAGAGCAUCCCAUCAAAGAAGAGGGAUUUAAAAUUAAAUAAAGGGGAAACAAAACCUAGGCCCCUUUCAUCUCUCCCAUUUUGCAAUCUUCAACUCCUCCAAAGUACAAAAAAGAAAAUCUCAAAUCCUUGUAUCUUGUAAUAACUCCUGUUUCGCCAUUUAUUUCCCCCCCAAACCCCCCCAAAAAAAGAAAAGCGCGGGCUCAUGGGCGGAUUCAGCGGGCGAUAGCUCCGCCACCUCCGCCCCAAUCCUGCCCUAGACCCCUCCAAGAUCCGAUAAGCCGCUAACCCGCUAACCCUGUAACCUUCCAUGGGCUCUCUCUCCCCUUCUUCAACCUCUCGCGAACUCCUCUUGAUCCUCCGCAAGCUCCAGAGCAUCGGCUACUGUCUCGAUCUCCCCGAAUCCGAUCUCAGACCGCGAAAACACAGGUCGUUCUUUAAUCGGAUCCUGAGCCUGUUCUACGACGAGAUCCAACAUAAGAAAGAGACCCGACCCGUUCCGGCGAUGCUGGGCGAUGGAAAAGCCAUCAACUUGUUCGAGCUGUUCUUCGUUGUCCGAGAACGGGGUGGGUAUGAGUCGGUAACUGUCAAAAAGGACUGGGCCUCUGUCUCGGCGGCGGUUGGACUGGAUUCGGAUGUGGGGCCGUCCGUGAAAUUGUUGUUCUUUAAGUAUUUGGGGGCUUUUGAACGAUGGAUGGAGAUAAUUUUGGCCAAGAAGGAGAAUCCGAAGACGUUGAAGGCCGAAAAGUUGAAGGAGGAAGAGGGGAAGUCUCCGGUCGCGGGGUCGAAAAAGAACCAGUUUUUGACUCCGGUGAGAGAGGGAGGGAGGGAAUCAAAACUAGAUAAUGACGGAAAAGGUGAUGAUGUUGUGAUCGUGGAGCCGGAGGUGGCGAAAAGGCAGUCAGGUUCUUCUAAGAAGAGGAAGAGGGAUGCAUUAGGUUUGAUGCUAGAUUGGGUGCUGAAAGUGGCCAAGAAUCCCAAGGAUGAGACCAUCGGGAAAGUCUUGCCGCCGUUUGAUGGGGGAAAGGAGAAGGGGAACAAUGGAGAGCUUUAUUCGCUAGUGCUUUCAGCUAGGAAGGCGAUGUUUCUUAAGAUUAUAAGGAAGACGGAAGAAGAUACGCCAAAAAUGCAGAAAGGGCCAAAGAUGCAUCCUUCCAUCUAUGAAGACAAUAAUAUUGAUUCUGCCACACUGGCUUCUGAGGGACGUAGAUACAGCUCGAGGCAGCAUGCUACAAACUCACUGGGGGUGGAGACUGGUACAAGCAAAAAAAAGCUGAGAAAUUCUAUCUCAUCAUCCGAAUUGGAUGAUUCCGAUGUUUUGUCUCAAUUGGAUGAUUUCAUGGAUCGCUUGCCUAAACCCGAAAGUUCAGUGAAAGGUAAAAAAGAGAAACAUAAGAAGAAGGUGGCGGAUGAGGACCGGGAAGCAAAGGUGCCACCUUCGAUUGACAAGUCUUGUUCAGCUUCCUAUACCUCUGAUGACCUUAAAUGGCUGGGUACACCUAUCUGGCCACCAGAAGGCCAAACAAGUUCUCUUUUUAAACAGGAUUCUAUUGGAAAAGGCCGGAAAGAUUGCUUUAAAUGUGAACGACCUGGCUCCAUAGAGUGUGUAAGAUUUCAUGUAGCAGAGAAAAGGGUCCAGUUGAAACGCGAGCUCGGUUCUGCUUUCAAUAGUUGGAGGUUUGAUCACAUGGGUGAGGAAAUUUCACUCUCAUGGACAGAAGAAGAAGCAGAAAAGUUCAAGACUGUAGUGAGUCUGAACCGACAUUCUGAACAAUUAUGGGAUGAGCUGCGUUUGGCUUUUCCUUUAAAGGGAAGGAAAAAGCUCGUUAGCUAUUAUUACAAUGUGUUUGUUCUCGCUCGAAGAAGUUACCAGAACAGAAUGACCCCAGAAGACAUUGAUAGCGAUGAUGAGGAGGCAGAGUUUGGUUUCUUAAGUGUUCCUUUUGGGCAGGAAGCCAUCAAGGUUCGUCCUCCAAAGUCUAAUUUUUGUGUUCAGAAUAAGCAGUGUGUGGUUAUAGAUGAUGACUAGAAUUCAGGGAAGCUUCUUUUUGUACACCGUGAAGUCUUUCUAUGCGCAGUUGCGGCAGCAGCCUCAUGAAAGUGUCACAUUUUUGUCUUGGAUAUAGAUGACUAGAACGCAAGAAAGCUUGGGAACACGAGGCCUAGAUAGAGUUUUUAAUAUACAGUGGCAGAAUGAUCAAAGGUCCAUCUUGAAUUCUCUCUCUUUUGUUGCAAAUGCGUACGUGGGCUAUGAUAUCUCUAUAGUACCUAGUGGAUGGAUCAUGAAGUCUAUUUUCGUCAUCUUGAAAUGAGAGUUAAGAAUGCAAAAUCGUCAAAAGGCUUUUGGAUCACUGCACUUGUGAAUUUUUUUCUUGUUGCUUGUUGUUGUCAUAUCUGUUCAUGUAAUUUCCCACUGUGAUAGUGAUGGAGUCAUCAAUUUUGCUAUUCAAGGGAGGAGCAGGAAAUUUUGUAAUCCCAUCUUGUCGUGUUUCUAUCACUUGCAUUUUUUGUGUAAGAGCAAAGGGACAUAACCAGAAAGCAGAACUUAGUUUUGAUUUUUAAUGCUUCACAUGGUUCAAUAGAAAGUGCUUGGGGAUGU